CCAGUCGAAGAGUUGAAGGGAGAACCAGCAUCCAGUACCAUCAUCACCGCACGGACGCUCUCUAAUGAGAUUUCGUCUCCUGUGGCUAGCGAGCAGCUGAUAAUGGAGGCCGACCUAGCCGUUCUUCCCCACGAUAUGAUCAUCAACAUCCUCGAAAGACUUCCGGUGAAAUCCCUAAUCCGCUUUCGAUGCGUACGCAAAGAUUGGGAAAAUCUCAUCAAGACUCCAUCCUUCAUCCGAGACCAGCUCCACCAGUCCAGCCAUCAAAACCAUUUACUUCUCCUCAAAUGGCACGGUACUGGGUCCGCGCAAAUGCAGGUUGGUUUUCUGGAUCGCGACAUGCAAGUCCUUGAAGUUCAAAAAUCACCUUUGGCCAAUUGGAAUUUUGCUUGGAUCGUUGGUUCCAGCAACGGCCUGCUCUGCGUCGUGGAGAAUGGUGUUUCUUAUGCCCUUUUAUUGUGGAACCCAGCGAUUAGAAAGGUCAGAAAGGUGCGUCUUGAAACUAAUACUGAUUAUGCGAUUGCUGAUUUUUUCGGAUUUGGGUUCAGUCCAAAUGAUAAUGAUUACAAGAUUGUGAGAAUUGAAGUUCGUGAUUAUGUGCCUGAGCGAAUGAAAGUUUAUUCACUGAACUCUGGGUCAUGGAAGGAAGUUGAAGUUGCGAACUUGGAGGGCUUAAGAGUUCGUGGUUCUAGAAAUGUCACUGUUAAUGGAGUUGUGUUUUGGAUUGGUGGGAAGCAGGGUGGGAAUGAUUAUGAUCAGAUACUUUCAUAUGACCUAUCAAAAGAAGAGUUCACAGUAAUACCAAUGCCUAUAUUAAACUCUUAUGAUGAGAAAAGGCUUAUUGUUUAUGAGAACAAAGUUGCUGUGGUUGCUUGCAUUAAAGGAGAGGAUAAAUAUUCCAUUCAUUUGUGGGUGAGGGAGGAGGAUACACGUGAAUCCAGGCAGGAUUGUAAGAAAUGGAGUUGGACUGAAAGAUGUAGUUGCCCUUGUCCAUCCAAGUUAAAACCAGUGACUAUGUGGAAGAAUGAGAUUGUCUUCCUACCUUUUGAUACUGAGAAUGAUGGUCAAACACCAAUUUUGUAUUUGCUCAAUAUCACUGCUGGUGUGUUUAAGAAGCUUGCUGUUGGAUCUAAGCUUGCUGUUGGAUCUAACUCCUACAACAUUGAGCUUUUCAAUUAUGUGGAAGGUCUUGCAUUACUUGCCCACGACAGCGUUGAAAAGCUUUGA